CUGUAAGCUAAGCUGAUGUAACUUCCUGGUGUUGGCGGACAUGUUGAGCUUUGUCGGAGACCUAUUCAGACCUAGAAGCCAAAUAGGGCUAUAACAAGAUACAUAAAGGUUUGACAAGGAGAGGGCAUACACACAAGAAUUAUUUUGCUUUCCGUGUGUGAAUGCAGAAAAAAAGAACACUUGUUGAGUAAAUUUUACAAGAUGAGCUCACCAUCUCUCCAAGAAUCAUAUGACAGCGAUAACACAGGGGAGGUAGCUCCAGACCUCGAUGACUCGGGCAGCACCUCGGGAAGUGACGUGGAGGGGGAGGAGGAGGAAGAAAAGGCGGUGUGUAUAAACAAUGACUUUGACCCUGGUUUGGAGGCCCUGUACCAGCAACAGAGUUCUCGUAAGACGAUCACAGAAGACCAACUGAGGACAGAUGAAGGUUUACCAGGUGGAGCUGACUGUGCUGCUGUGAUGCUAGGUGACAGGGACGAACUAACAACCACAGAUGAUGCAGCUGAAAAUUGCCACUGCGACAGUGGAAAGACGCACCGAUCACGAUCUCCUUCGUGUUUGCAAGGGGCCGUGGCAAUAACGCAAGUUGAAGGACAACACUUGUCACGUGCUAUAGAAGAAUCAGUCAGCAACGCGUUGUCAUCAGUGGAUACAGAACGGCGUGUAACAAAUAUAGUAAUCAACAACCCACAGGUCCACUUAACAAAGAAAACAGAGGUCGCCAACCUUAACGCACGAUAUGCAACAGUGGGAGGUCAACAGGUGAUCCAGCCAUCAACGUCCACUGACGGUAGAGAAAGACAACAGAACGAUGAAACAAGACCAAGAAGGACCCCAAAAGACCCAGCAGUACAAAGGAUAAGAGAUGAGACAGUUUCAGAUAUCCAUACGUGGACAUCUGGCAUGAUCAAAACAGAGUUUGUUGAUGACAUCGUGAAGAAGAUGGACGCUGGACAAAACUGGAUCACAGUCACCGGAAAUGCUGGUGAUGGGAAGACAACAGUGGCCUACAUGGUGCUUCAUGAGAUGAUGAAACGAGGGCGAGAAGUGUUUCGAGUGAAGACAGUGGCGCAGUAUCACACCAUCACAAAGAAUACCCACCGAUGUGUCCUCAUGAUGAACGAUGUCAUAGGGGCCUUUGCUCUUGAUAAAAUAGCAUUCAGCAAAUGGAAACCUGUCAUAUUCGAUGUCAUGGAAAACAUAUCAAAGGCAAAAGAAUCUGGGCAGCGAAGUGGAGUCAUUUGUAUGUUGGUGCAAAGAUCAAAUAUCCUAAAUGAAGUUGAGCCUUGUCUUGAAAAACAUAAACGUUCCAUUCUUGGGGUCGAUGCUGUCACAAACCUAUCGUGUCUGCCUGUAGAGGAGAAGGCUCCGAUGCUAGACUAUCAUCUGAAACAGAAGAAUAUUAAAGACAUACCAGAAACUGAAAAAUUAAAAGUGAUUCAGAGCAGCAUACCAUAUGGAUUUCCACAUUGUUGCAAGCUGUUUGCUGAGAUGAAGUCGGAGGAGAAAUGUGUUGACAUUGCACAAUUUUUCUCCCACCCUCUUGAGAUUUUGGAUGCCACGACUGAUGUGUAUCUGGAUAAUGAAAAAGUAAAAGAUGUGUUCAAGACUCUCUUGAAAAGAGAUGGGCGACUUGAUACCAGUGAGAUAGAAGACGAUGACCAGCGCAGUGGUAUCAUUGAAGUAUCGGCUCCAUUAAUUGGUAGCUAUCUGUCAAACACCAACGGAGUAAUAACAUUUUCCCAUCCAUCAGUUUAUGAAAGUGUUGCAAACUGCAUAGGGAAACAUGAUGUGGUGUUCGCGAUCAAAUAUUUUGGUUUCUCUUUUAUAAUGGAGAAAAUGCGGUUUGCAGAGUCACAAAGCCAUGACAGUACAGUUUCAAGAAAUGUCUUUAAAAUAUCGCCAAACCAACAGAACAUCCAACGUCUUUGCGACAGGUUCACUCUUCCAGUGUUACACGGACGCUUUAAUGUGCUUCGUCAUCCCUUUUUUCAAAGCGAGAACUUUUGUCGGAUCUUCUUUACAUCCAUCAUUGAAAGGGAUAGCUUUUGGAAUAAUUUCAUCUGCUUGUGCUGCAAGCAAACAGGCAGACUGUCUAUCGAUGACAGGAAUGAAGACGGUGAGACUAUGUUGUUACAAGUUGCACAGUGUUGUAACACUACAUCUAUCCGUAUCCUCUUGGAAUGUGGAGCAAGUGUAAAUCGGGAAACCACGAACAUGAAGACAGCACUUCACUAUCUGUGUGAGAGUGGUGAUGUUGAUGCUAGUGUUGUAGAACUGAUGAUACAACAUGGCGCUGAUGUUAACAAGGCUGAUGUCUAUGAAAAGACAGCAUUUCACUAUUUGUGUGCGAGUGGUGAUGUUGAUGCUAGUGUUGUAGAACUGAUGAUACAACAUGGCGCUGAUGUUCACGAGGAUGAUUGGUAUGGAAAGACAGCACUUCACUAUCUGUGUGCGAGUGGUGGUGUUGAUGCUAGUGUUGUAGAACUGAUGAUACAACAUGGCGCUGAUGUUAACAAGGCUGAUGAUUUUGGAAACACAGCAUUUCACUUUCUGUGUGCGAGUGGUGGUGUUGAUGCUAGUGUUGUAGAACUGAUGAUACAACAUGGCGCUGAUGUUAACAAGGCUGAUAUGCGUAGAAAGACAGCAUUUCACUAUCUGUGUGAGAGUGGUGGUGUUGAUGCUAGUGUUAUAGAACUGAUGAUACAACAUGGCGCUGAUGUUAACAAGGCUGACAGAGAUGGAAAGACAGUACUUCACUAUCUGUGUGAGAGUGGUGGUGUUGAUGCUAGUGUUGUAGAACUGAUGAUACGACAUGGCGCUGAUGUUAACAAGGCUGAUACGCGAAGAAAGACAGCAUUUCACUUUCUGUGUGAGAGUGGUGGUGUUGAUGCUAGUGUUAUAGAACUGAUGAUACAACAUGGCGCUGAUGUUAACAAGGCUGACAGAGAUGGAAAGACAGUACUUCACUAUCUGUGUGAGAGUGGUGGUGUUGAUGCUAAUGUUGUAAAACUGAUGAUACAACAUGGCGCUGAUGUUAACAAGGCUGACAGAGAUGGAAAGACAGUACUUCACUAUCUGUGUGAGAGUGGUGGUGUUGAUGCUAGUGUUGUAGAACUGAUGAUACAACAUGGCGCUGAUGUUAACAAGGCUGAUGUCUAUGGAAAGACAGCAUUUCACUAUUUGUGUGCGAGUGGUGAUGUUGAUGCUAGUGUUGUAGAACUGAUGAUACAACAUGGCGCUUAUGUUAACAAGGCUUACAGAGAUGGGAAGACAGCACUUCACUAUUUGUCUGAGAGUGGUGAUGUUGAUGCAAGUGUUGGAGAACUGAUGAUACGACAUGGCGCUGAUGUUAACAAGGCUGACAGAGAUGGGAAGACAGCACUUCACUAUUUGUCUGAGAGUGGUGGUGUUGAUGCUAGUGUUAUAGAACUGAUGAUACAACAUGGCGCUGAUGUUAACAAGGCUGACAGAGAGGGAAAGACAGUACUUCACUAUCUGUGUGAGAGUGGUGGUGUUGAUGCUAGUGUUGUAGAACUGAUGAUACGACAUGGCGCUGAUGUUAACAAGGCUGAUUGGUGGGGAAACACAGCAUUUCACUAUUUUUGUGCGAGUGGUGAUGUUGAUGCUAGUGUUGUAGAACUGAUGAUACAACAUGGCGCUAUCCAUUCAAGUAAGAAUAAAGACUAGAGUGUAAGAAACCACUGGGAAAUUCCACCUAUAACCGCUUUUGAAACAGUAUUUAGUCAAGAUGAAUCAGUGCCUAUUCAUUUCUUUUAUACCAUGUGUCACUGUUAUCCUGCUUCGUGUAUAUCCGUUGAAUUAAUAGAAACUAGAGGUGUGUCAUCACUUACAAUGAGACUAUAUAUCAGAGCGUCUCCACCGAGGCCACAAACUUCUCUGAAAUUAAUUAAUUAAUAUCGUAUUUUCCUGAAAGAAAACUAUUUUGUUAUGGUUGUUAUGUCAUUGGCAUGCCAUUGGUUGUUUACAGCAAACUUAUCCCUAGCUCCUAAACCAUGGUAUUUCCUUUUCGGAAUAGGGCGGUCGGGUAGCCCAGUGGUUAAAGCGUUCGCUCGUCACGCCGAAGACCCGGGUUCGAAUCCCGACAUUGGUACAAUGUGUGAAGCCCAUUUCUGGUGUCCCCCGCCGUGAUAUUGCUGGAAUAUUGCUAAAAGCGGCGUAAAACCAUACUCACUCACUCACUCCUUUUCGGAAUAGAGUUUGUCUGUAUUUGAUUCUUACUAGAUAAUGUGUGGCAUUUCCAUUUUUUCGGAAUAGAAAUAAAACCUUCUAUAAUGACUAUUAUAACUGCAUCAAUUAUAAUUACAGUAUGCAGUAUCAGACAGUGUAUAUACAUUAUAAACAACUAUAUAUAUAUAUUGCCUAAUGAUGCCAAAUCAGAAGAAAUACUAGUACUGCAUGCGUAAUGCAUGCGUUUAAACAUUUACAGAGAAUGCAUAGUUGUAUCUUGAAGGAUUACUACUGAACAACAAUGUUAUUGUGAAGUUUCAUUCAGCAUAGCAACAGCAUAUGUCAACUAAUCUGUAAUUACAAAACAUGCCAGAAGUGUGUUGUUGCGACAUAUAGGUAAACAUUGCCUGGUUCAAAAUAUUCAAUAGAUUGGUUGCAGCUGGCAUUUGUUAUUUUCGAUUUCUACUUAUUUAGUUAUGAUCAUAUGUGACACGCAUGGAAGUUGUACAGUACACAAUACAAUUAUGAUUACCCUUUUCGCGAACACCUGGUAUCAUCACUGAUUUUCAGAGGUCCAUUCAUGACAUUUCCACAGCUGUUUCAGCGAAAAAACAAGACUGAUUAUUCUCUUGCAUUUGCAUUUGAUAUGUACAAUGCAAUCAAAAUCUUCAAAAUACUACUCAUGUGAUUAUAAUUCUGAAUUGUAACUAAAACCAUCAUUAUAAUGAUAAGUCAUCAUUUAUGAAUUUGUCAUCAAACGCACAUUAAUUUGUCAUUACAAGUAUUUAUGUUUUCGGAAGUCUCUUUCAGCGUGUGUACAAUGGUUGUGGAGAAAUAAUACCAUGAACCUCACUUUCACAAACGGACAAUCAAUAGAACAAAACAGACAAAUCCUCAACAAUUGACAGAUUUACAAAAGAGUUGUUGCAAUGGUUUUUAAAUCAAUUUUGAAUUAGAUGGCACGUGAUGUUAUAACUGUCUGCAUAUGGUUUCUAACAUGUUGGGUCAUAUCUCAUCAACUCGACCAUCGCCUUGUAUCUCAUAAAAGUAACGACCAUGAUGAGAAUGUUUGCUAGGGUAUAUAUAAGGGAAGGUUGUCGGUGAAAUGGGUCGUUUUGAGACGUGAGUUUUGUCUACAUUAUGUUACACAACUCUGUUAUACUCUUUAGUGCAUAAUUAGUUUGUAUAUAAUGUAUUUGGAUAGAUUUAAGGUUGUAUUAUAUUAUUCCUAUUUUGUAUAUAAGGAAUAGAUUAUCAUGAUAGCAGUAAUUGUGUUUAUGUAGGCACAGGUCGUUAUAUGUUAGCUUAUGAAUAUAUAGUGUUGAAAUGAUCAUGAAUAAGAUAUUCCUGACGUUAUGGUCGAAGAUAUUGUGAUGUGAAAAUAUUUGUGCAUUAGAAGAUGGUUUGAGAUAAACAAUGAGUUAGUGCUACCUGUUUAUAUGUCUGGUUUAGACACCGAAUAUUCCAGUACUCUUAUGAUUGAACUUCAUACCACGUUAGCCUUGGAUAGGAUUGAACAUGUCCCGUUUCACCUCCAAGAGGAGCAGGUUAGGAUGCCGGAGAAGCCGUGUACCACCACAGGAGUCCAGGGGGAGUCCGGGAACCAACCCAGCUACUUAACAGGAGGUCAGAGGUCGCCACUGUCGAGGGUCAGAGUUGUAGCUGACAACUGUAUUUUUCAGGUAUGUCGAUGACAUAACGGAGACACAGAGGAACUGUUCACCUUUGUGUGUGUGGCAUUCGGCGAUCAUCAGAGGGUGAGGAAUAGUAUAUGUAUGUCGUAUGUGUGUGCGACAUGGACGUGUACUAUGUGUAUAUUGCCUAGCUCAGGAUUCAUUUGAUGAGUGACAUCACCCUAACCACCAGAAACUGUGACAUCAGGAACUGUAACGAUCAGAAACUGUGACCAUCAGGAACUGUGAACAUCAAAACUGUGACAUCAGAAACUGUGACAUCAGGAACUGUAACGAUCAGAAACUGUGAUCAUCAGGAACUGUGACCAUCAAAACUGUGACAUCAGAAACUGUGACAUCAGGAACUGUGACAUCGGGAACUGUGACCAUCAGGAACUGUAACCAUCAGAAACUGUGACCAUCAAAACUGUGACAUCAGAAACUGUGACAUCAGGAACUGUGACAUCGGGAACUGUGACCAUCAGGAACUGUAACCAUGAGAAACUGUAACCAUCAGGAACUAUAACAUCAGAACCUGUAACCAUCAGAAUAUGUAACCAUCAGAAAUUGUAACCACCAGAAAUUGUAACCGCCAGAAACUGUAAACAUCAGAAACUGUGACCAUCAAAAACUGUAACCAUCAGAAACUGUAACCAUCAGGAACUGUAACCAUCAGAAACUGUAACCAUCAGGAACUGUGAACAUCAGAAACUGUGACCAUCAAAAACUGUAACCAUCAGAAACUGUAACCAUCAGGAACUGUGAAUAUCAGAAACUGUAAUCAUCAGAAACUGUAAACGUCAGAAACUGUAAACGUCAGGAACUGUAACCAUCAGAACUGUAACCAUCAGAAACUGUAACCGCCAGAAACUGUAACCACCAGGAACUGUAACAUCAGAACCUGUAACCAUCAGAACAUGUAACCAUCAGAAAUUGUAACCAUCAGAAACUGUAACCAUCAGGAACUUUAACAUCAGAACAUGUAACCAUCAGAACAUGUAACCAUCAGAAAACUGUGACAUCAGGAACUGUAACCAUCAGAAACUGUGACAUCGGGAACUGUGAACUCCAGAACCUGUAACCAUCAGAAACUGUAACCAUCAGAAACUGUAACCAUCAGGAACUUUAACAUCAGAACCUUUAACCAUCAGAACAUGUAACCAUCAGAAACUGUAACCAACAGGAACUGUAACCAUCAGGAACUGUGACAUCAGAAACUUUACGAGUGAUUGUUGUAAUAAAUAUGUUUAGUGGUGUGUUAUUGUCUUUAGUUUAGUACAGUUGUGCCUAGUUUAAGGUAGUAAGGAUGGUUAAGUGACUGUCCAUAUGAUAGUAAAGAAAUUCCUGUUAUUGUGGGAGUAAUAAACUUGUUAAAACAAA